UCCCAGUACACUGCUGAGGCUAAGAAAGAUGGGAGAAGUGACACCAGAGAUGGAGAGGAUGUUCAAGCGCUUCGAUGCCAAUGGCGACGGGAAGAUCUCAUCAGCCGAGCUCGGGGAGGCCCUCCGCACCCUUGGCUCCACCUCCACCGAUGAGAUCCACCGCAUGAUGGCCGAGCUCGAUACCGAUGGCGAUGGCUACAUCGACUUCAGCGAGUUCUCCGCCUUCUGCCGUGCCAAUCCUGGUCUCAUGAAGGAUGUUGCCAAGGUCUUUUAGACUCCUUCCAUUCUUAUUUCUUCCCAUUCUUUCCACCCCCCCACUUUUUUUCCCUUUCUUUCCGAGUUUUCUUAUUCUUUUUUCUAUCAAGAAAUCUCUCUGGCCCUGCA